ACCCUAUAGUUUGUAUGCAUGUGAUACUGCACUGUACUGUACUGUUGUAUGCAACAUCUCACAAAGCAUCGAAUUCAAGAUGAGUGCUCAAUCAGAUACCAGUGUUGCAGAACAGGCAUCCAAGAGGACUAAACAACAGCCCUUGCAUUCUGAUACCACAACAGACAAUACUACUGCUUCCAACUUCAGGCACAUCAAAAUCACACAUUUUCACCUGGGAAUCAAGGUCGAUUUUUCGAAGAAAGAGCUGGCUGUGAAGGAAGUGAUUGAUGUGAAAUGCUUGCACAAAUGUGACGAGGUCAUUCUGGACAGCCAUGAGAGUAUCCAGAUCUCGAGCAUCGUCGACAAGUCCCCGCCCGAAGCUGAUCUUCAGUACGAGGUGAAGCCUUUCACUGGCUAUGGAUCUGCACUGCACAUCAGCCGACCUUGCAGCGAGGUCGGGGAGGAGUUUAAGAUCGAGAUCACGUACACGGUGGGGAAAGCCCCUGGACUAUGUUGGCUGGACCCUAGUCAGACUGCAGGGAAGUCCAAGCCAUAUCUGUACACACAAGGACAGGCCGUUUUGAACAGAUCUUUCUUCCCCUGUCUUGACACCCCAGCUGUCAAGUCGACAUACUCCGCUACUGUUCAUGUUCCAUCUGGAUUUGCCGCUGUGAUGAGUGCAGACCAAUGGGGGAAGGAUGUCAGUCCGGAUAUCUUCACCUUCCGUAUGAACCAACGAAUCCCUAGCUACCUGGUGGCCUUAGCAGUCGGUGAUAUCGCCUCGGCCCAGAUCGGCCCCAGGAGCAACGUGUGGACAGAGCCAUGUCUUCUGGACAAGGCACAAGCAGAGUUCAGCGUGGUUGUGGAGGACUACAUCUCAACCGCAGAGCGACUCUUUGGACCCUACGUGUGGGGGCGCUAUGACAUUCUGGUCAUGCCUCCAUCGUUUCCCUUUGGUGGGAUGGAGAAUCCGUGUCUGACCUUUGUGACCCCUUGCCUCCUGGUGGGCGAUAAAUCACUCACAGAUGUGGUCAUGCAUGAAAUCGCCCACAGCUGGUUUGGUAACCUGGUAACCAACGCAACAUGGGGUGAUUUCUGGCUGAAUGAGGGUUUCACCAUGUUUGCCCAGCGUUGCAUCAGUCAAGAAUUACUAGGUGAAGCCUACACGUGCCUCGAAGCUGCUACAGGGAGGGCACUACUUAAGCAACGGAUGACAUUUGCAGGAGAGGAUCAUCCUCUGAACAGACUACGUGUGGUGAUCGACAAGGGCAUCGACCCUGAAGACACCUAUAAUGAGGUCCCCUACGAGAAGGGUUUCGCUUUUGUCAGCUACCUGGCUAGCCUGGUCGGGGGGAAAUCAGAGUUCACCAAAUUCCUGAAAUCGUAUUGCCAACAGUUCAAGUUCAAGAGCGUAGUUGCAGAGGACCUGUUUGAUGCUUUCCUUGACUUCUAUCCAGAGCUUCAGGAACAGAAGAUCACACAAAAGAAGGGCUUUGAGUUUGACCACUGGCUCAACGGCACGUCGUGGCCUCCCUUCGUCCCUGACCUGUCAGCCGGCAGGACGCUGAUGGAUCCUGCAGAGAAGCUUGCUAGCUAUUGGCUCACAUACCAUAAAGAGAAAGAUAACAAGGAUCUGUCGUUGGAUAUCUCUGAGUGGAAGACCUAUCAAGUUCUUCAUUUCAUAGAUCAGCUUGUGGAAUCAGAAGACAGCCUACCUCACGAAACACUCAAACACUUUGCCACCACCUACUCCCAAAUAAGGGAUACACACAAUGCUGAGAUUCGAUUAAGAUGGUCACAACUCACGAUUGGUAGCGACUAUGCAGAUGACUUGUCAAAUGUCAAGGCUUUCCUCAUUGCCCAAGGCAAGCAAAAAUACACUCUUCCCAUUUAUGCUGCAUUGACGAAAGGAUCCAAGAGAAUGAAAGACUUUGCUGUGGAGACAUUUGCUGCAACUAAAGACCAGCUUCACGUAAACGUAAGGAAGCACGUGGAGAAAAUGGUCAGUGUAUUGUAAACUAAAAUGUUCUGUACAUUUCAAGAGUUCAGUGACACAAAGACGUAACUCCAUAUUUUUCCAAAAUGAGUAUUUGAUAUCAAAAUGUUCAGAAAAAUGUGGGCUUUCCAGGAAACACACAGACUUAACUCCACCCAACACUACAUUGAAGUCAAUGGCUAGUGAAACAUAGAUUUGACUCCUUAAGGCCAAAGUGCUCAGUGACAUAUAAACCACUUUUUCUCAAAAUGGCCAAAAUGGAGUUACGUCUUUGUGUUACUGACUCCUCGAUUUAUAGGUAGACCUUGUGUUUUGAUGGUGUCGAGAAUGAAAUUCUCACAAGUAAUGUUCCAAUGAUGGCCAUUACUCUUUUGAGUCAGCUUGCAAGUAGACCCAGUUUAGUCCCAGUUGAGGCUUUUUUUUAUAAUAUGAUGAUAUUUAGUGUCAUACGCAUUCUGCAUCCAAUAGUACACAGAUAAUGAGUUUGCAUUGAAACUGUGUUGCACGCAGGUACAUUUGUUAUCCCGACUUGUCACUCAUUUACAUGUAAACACAAAUUUGCCAUUGUUCUUGGGAGAAAGGAUCCAUUCUCGUUAGAUUUAACGACGACAUUAAAACCCUGGUAGUAAUGUGUUACGUUUGAGAUUUGGCUCGCAUCUGAACAGUAUUAAGCCAGCAACUCGCGAGAGAGCGGUGCCCUGUACCUUUUGGCAACUGCGCUCACCAUGGUGUGAAUAUAUCAUGUGAUUGAGGCCCUUACUAUCGAGAGUAAGGAUUAUUAUCUGAUCACACUGUAAAUACCUAUCUGUAUACUCCUAAUGUGGAACGAAAAAGGUAACUAGCAAAUGAUGUAAUGGAAACUGUCACAGCUGA